AUGGAGCAGCCGGCUGGCGGGUCGACGCAGGGAAAAAGAGCUGAGAGGACGGAAGGUUCCAUCCGGUUCGGCUGCACUUUCACGACCGUCACAGUUGAAGGCGCGACAACAAACGAUGCAGGCAUCGACGACGACGUUCCGCGCCCGAGCCUGCGCGCCGGCGGGUUUGACCGCCCGUCGCGCGCGCACAUACCGCGUGAAGGCGUUCACCGCGCCGAGGACGAGGACGGUCGCCGCGCGCCCCGUCGUCGUCGUUCGCGCCGCCGACGGUGCGUCCCCGCGCCGUUCACCCGUCGUCAUGGCAAAAAAGGGCACUCGGCCACGUCGGCGGAGCGCGAAGGCGAGGAGGCGCCCGCGGAGCCGGAGGUGCGCCGCGAUCCGAUCUUCGGCUUCGAGUCGCGCGGCGAGCCCGACAAGAUUCAGCCCGGCUUUGACACCGCGGAGGGUGGCAAGGUGGGCCCCGUCGGCACGUUCUUCAUCUCGCUGCUGCUCAUCGUGCUCUUCGGCGCGUCCUUCUUCUUCACGUCGGUGCCGCGGGACGCCAUCAAGGGGAUGGUGGACCUCUCGGACGAUCCCAACGCUCCCACCGACGUGUUCAAGUAG